CAAGGCAUCACACCAAUAGCAACAGAAGUCGACGCCAUUAGGAAUUAUCCUCUACCCGACUCAUGGAAAAAGUUACGCCGAUUUCUCGGGUUAAUAAAUUAUUACAGACGAUUUAUCCCGAAUUGCGCGUCAAUAUUGCAACCACUAACAGAUGCAUUACGCGGAAACGCACGGACAUUCCAAUUAUCACCAGACGCGAUUCAAGCAUUCGAGAACGCUAAAAAAGCACUAAAUAAAGAAGUGACACUAACUAGACGAAAGAGCGAAACACCGUUAGCUAUCAUGACGGAUGCAUCAGACGUAGCGGUAGGAGCCGUUUUACAACAAUUAGUAAAUGGCAUAUGGGAACCGCUCUCAUUUUUUUCGAAAAGACUGAAUCCGACACAAACAAGAUGUAGUACUUUCGGAAGAGAACUCCUAGCGAUUUACUUGGCAAUAAAACAUUUCCGACAUAUGAUUGAGGGUACCAUUUUCACAGUAUAUACAGACCAUAAACCCCUCACAAAAGCAUUGAACUCCAAACAGGACAACUACUCGCCGAGGGAAAUCCGACAAUUAGAAUUUAUUUCCCAAUUCACGUCCAACAUACAGUAUAUCAAAGGUAAUAGUAACGAAGUGGCAGACGCGUUAUCCAGAACGAUGGUCAACGCUCUCAUCCAGUCUGAAAUCGAUUAUCACAAGUUAGCAGCAUUACAAAAUAUCGACGUCGAGUUAAACAGACUAAAGUCUGCCAACACAACCUCGUUAGUUCUCAAAGAAACUCCAUUGGAAGAAGUAAGCAUCACCUGCGAUAUUUCUACAGGUCAACCAAGACCAUUUAUUCCAAAGCCGCUAAGGCGAAACAUUUUCGAAGCUAUGCAUAAUAUUUCGCAUCCCGGAAUAAAGGCCACCAUCAAACUAAUUAGCGAACGUUUCGUAUGGCCAAGUAUGAAUCGGGAUAUUCGUAAUUGGACUCAAGCGUGUAUAAAAUGCCAGAGAGUUAAGAUACAUCGCCACACCAGUUCCGCAGUAGGUCAUUUCCGUCAUCCCGAUAACAGAUUCGAGCACGUACAUAUCGAUAUUAUAGGACCACUGCCGGUUUCGAAUGGUUUCAGUUACAUUUUCACUUGCAUUGAUAGAUUCACACGAUGGCCUGUAGCUGUGCCUAUAAAAGAUAUUACAGCCGAAACUAUCGCAAAAACCCUAGUAGAGCAUCGGAUUUCCCAUUAUGGUGUACCUACUAAUAUUACAACCGAUAGAGGAGCUCAAUUCGAGAGCCGCCUCUUCCAACAACUCACAGAACUACUCGGAAUCAAACGAAUUCGCACAACAUCCUACCAUCCGAUGUCGAAUGGUAUGGUAGAGAGAUUGCAUCGGCAACUUAAAGCUUCUCUUACAGCCGUCAUCAGCAAUAACGAUUGGGCCAGCAAGCUACCGUUAGUCAUGUUGAGCUUAAGAUCAACAAUCAAACAAGAUAUAGAAUGCUGCCCAGCAGAGUUGGUUUAUGGAACCACACUACGUCUGCCAGGAGAGUUUUUCACUGCAGGUAAAAGUGUCCCAACUGAUAUAGCGGACUAUGUACAGCGUCUUAAGCAGCAUAUGAGUAGUCUAAGGAUAACGCUUCCGAGACAACAUCAACGCCGUGUGUACAUACCCAAACAACUAAGUGACAGUACCCAUGUGUUUAUCAGAAGGGAUAAUGUGCAACGUCCCUUACAACCGGCCUACGAUGGUCCAUUUAAGGUGAUUAAAAGAGACGACAAAACUAUUACGGUAGACAAAGCUGGAAAAACGGAUGUAAUUAGCAUCGACCGAGUCAAACCAGCUUUCAUCGAAGCCUGCGAUCAGCCAGUACAGACAGAUACUGCGAAAACCGUUGAAUCAUCGAAACGUCAGUUCCAAUCAUCAACGACAUCGACGAACACAAACAAAGAGAAUCCAGUAACCACAAAGUCUGGUCGAAGAGUAAGAUGGCCCCAACGUUAUGUCGCUGCAAUCUUCUAUUAAUAAUCUUCUACUAUUUUAAAUAUUAAUUAUAACUUCCACUUCAUUGUAUACACAUGCAUUACUAAUUUCAUGUUAUACGCUAUAAACCUCUUAUGUACCCCUACACUUACACGUAUAAUUUUUAUUUAAAAUGUAAAGCAAUACCGCAUUCCUUCUAUUUAUUGCUAUUAUUUUUUAUAACCUCACGGACGGGCACAAACCAAAUGUACAGCACACACUAACUUCAUCUUAAUUUUGUACAAACCAUUUUUUUCAAACGACUGUAACUACCCUACUCAGUUUACUAUUUUUUGUGCAAACACAGACAUUUUUCCAUAUAUCUUUGUUUGCAGGGGGGAGCUAUUAUAGCGACUCACGUGCAAUCGAGUUUAGUUCAGUCAAGGCCUUUUGUUGACCUAUUUAAUGGACAAAGUCAUCCAU